AUGCUCGGUUGGCCGCGACGGAAACGUACGAACUGCCGAGGCGCCGCCCGGCUGUACCGCUCCGCUGCCCUCGCAUGGUGGGACCUGAUUCCGAGCAUUCCCGAGCCCGCGCGUGCUCCCGUGGUUUUGCCGGUGCAAGAGCGGGACCUGCAGCUGCCCCAGGGCUUGCAAGGGAGAUGUUGGCUGCGCCUCUUCCCGAGGGGGCAAGUGGUUCCCCCAGGCUUUCCCGGCAUCAUCCCCGGAACAUCCCCAUCGCUGGAGCAUCACGGUUGUGCACUGCUGGUCCUCCUUUUGUCUGCAACCGUGUCUCUCCUAGGUGGGCUGAUUUUUGGAUAUGUGCUGGGGAUAAUCUCUGGAGCACUGCUGCAGCUGCAGACAGACUUCCAGCUCAGCUGCUUCAAGCAAGAAGUUGUGGUGAGCGCUGUCCUUAUCGGGGCGCUCCUCGCCUCGCUGGCGGGGGGGAUCCUCAUCGACCGCCACGGCCGGAGGAGAGCAAUCCUGGUCAGCAACUUGGUUCUCUUGGUGGGCAGCCUCAUCCUCACACUGGCCGGGUCAUUCACGGUGCUGGUCAUUGGGCGCAUGACCGUGGGCUUUGCCAUCUCUGUCUCAUCCAUGGCCUGCUGCAUCUACGUCUCAGAAAUGGUGGCCGCUCACCAGCGAGGCCUGCUGGUGUCUCUCUACGAAGCGGGAAUCACCGUGGGCAUCCUGCUGUCCUACGCCCUGAAUUAUAUCUUUGCAGAUGUGGAUGAGGGGUGGAGGUACAUGUUUGGACUGGCCAUUGCCCCGACAGCCAUGCAGUUCCUCAGCAUCCUCUUCCUCCCAGUGAACCCUGUUAAAUUAAGCUCAUGGGACUCAGACUGCCAGAAGGGCCUCAUCCCUCUGCAGGACACCGAGGACAGAGCAGCAGCAAAGCGGGAGCCCUAUCAGGAGAGGCAUUACUCGUUUCUUGAUCUUUUCAGGAGCAGAGACAACAUGAGAAGAAGGACUCUGGUGGGCCUGGGGCUGGUGCUCUUCCAGCAGUUCACUGGGCAGCCCAACGUGCUGGGCUAUGCCUCCAAAAUCUUCCACUCAGUGGGCUUCCAGAGCAACUCCGCGGCCAUCCUGGCCUCGGUUGGGCUGGGAGCAAUAAAAGUGGUGGCCACGCUGGUGGCCAUGACCUUGGCAGACAGGGCGGGCAGGAGAGUGCUGCUGAUGGCUGGCUGUGUGGUGAUGGCCGUCUCUGUCACCACCAUCGGCCUCUGCAGCCGCCUGGCUCCGCCGGCCGUGGCCAGGGACUGCCGAGCGGCCGCAGGCCCCAACGCAUCCCACGGGCUCAGCCAGCACCCCCUGACCCCUCUGCUCCCCCCCUCGGCCGUGUCACCCGUCCCACCAGCGCCAGGGGCUGCCACAAGUCGGGCAGGCCCUGGUUUUGCUGCCACCAGGAGCCUUGUGGGGGUUUUUGCCAGCACUCAAAGCAAAGAGGUUGUUCCUAAUUCUUCCUGGACUCAGAAAAGGGAUUUGGGAGGUGAAUCCAGGAAAGGAAGCACAGCCCCUCCUCUUGAUGCUGCUCCCUGGGCACAACAUACGGUCUUGAAUUGGAUUACACUGCUGAGCAUGAUGGCUUUUGUGAGUGCCUUCUCAGUUGGAUUUGGGCCAAUGACCUGGCUGGUCCUGAGUGAGAUUUACCCUGCUGGGAUAAGAGGAAGAGCCUUUGCCUUCUGUAACAGCUUUAACUGGGCUGCUAAUUUAUUGAUCAGCCUCUCCUUUCUGGACCUUAUUGAUGCCAUUGGAUUCUCCUGGAUGUUUCUUCUCUAUGGGCUGAUGGGAGUGAUGGCUGUUAUAUUCAUUUACCUUUUUGUGCCAGAAACAAAAGGACAGUCCCUGGAGGAGAUAGACCAGCAGUUCUCCAGGAAACGGGUGUGGGAAGGAAAUGUGUUCAAGCAGAGACGUGGAAGAGGAACGAGCUGCACACAAGCACAGUACCAGAGAGUGGAGCACUCCAGCAGCACAUGAAACCAGCAAGCUGCCAGCAGCAUCGUGUAUAUAGGUGUAUGUAAUAUAUACAUCGUGUAUAUAUAUAUGUGUAAUAUAACAGCAUGGCGUGUGAGGAGUUCCACCAGCAGAGGAG